ACGCCAGGAAGGAAGGAAGGAGGAAGCCGCCAUCUUGUUGUCGCGUCGCCGCCGCCGCCGCCGCCGCCAUAGUCCGGAGCAGACCGACCCACCGAUCGACGGACGGACGGAGCGGGCGCCGAAGGAGCCGGUGGCGGCGAUUGAAGUGAAUGACUUUGGAUAGAACUCAAGUUGGUUAGAAGACUUUUAAAAGAGUGGUUCCACAGUGCAUCAGUGCAAGUGACUGCUUGACUCUUAAGUGACUUUACAGGUGCUUGCCUGCGUUGCAAUAAAAGGACUCAUCUAUUGAGCAGGACCUUAUUUAUCUCUUCAUCUUGGAGAGUCUAAUAAACUGUACUACAGUUUCUGUACUCACAAAAGUUUCGAAGUUGGAAAAGACGUAUUUACAAAGCAAAACAUGAGUACAGCCAGAACAGAGAACCCUGUUAUAAUGGGUCUCUCCAGUCAAAAUGGACAGCUGAGGGGCCCAGUAAAGCCCAGUGGUGGCCCAGGAGGUGGGGGAACGCAGGCUCAGCAACAGAUGAACCAGCUGAAACAUCCCAAUACAAUCAACAAUGGCACUCAGCAGCAAGCACAGAGCAUGGCCUCCACUAUCAAACCUGGUGAUGACUGGAAGAAGACUUUAAAACUCCCUCCAAAAGAUCUGAGAAUCAAAACUUCGGAUGUGACUUCCACAAAAGGAAACGAAUUUGAAGAUUACUGUCUGAAACGGGAGUUGCUGAUGGGAAUUUUUGAAAUGGGCUGGGAAAAACCAUCUCCUAUUCAGGAGGAGAGCAUUCCCAUUGCUCUGUCUGGGAGGGACAUCUUGGCUAGAGCUAAGAACGGGACCGGCAAGAGCGGCGCCUACCUCAUUCCCUUACUUGAACGGCUUGACUUAAAGAAGGACAACAUACAAGCAAUGGUGAUUGUUCCCACACGAGAACUUGCCCUGCAGGUCAGUCAGAUCUGCAUCCAAGUCAGCAAACAUAUGGGAGGGGCCAAAGUGAUGGCAACCACAGGAGGAACCAACCUGCGUGAUGACAUAAUGAGGCUUGACGAUACAGUGCAUGUGGUGAUCGCUACGCCAGGGAGGAUUCUGGAUCUCAUCAAGAAGGGAGUAGCAAAGGUGGACCAUGUUCAGAUGAUCGUUCUAGAUGAGGCAGACAAGUUGUUGUCCCAAGAUUUUGUUCAAAUAAUGGAGGACAUUAUUCUCACGCUACCUAAAAACAGGCAGAUCUUGCUAUACUCGGCCACUUUCCCUCUAAGUGUACAGAAGUUCAUGAAUUCUCACUUGCAGAAACCCUAUGAGAUUAACUUGAUGGAGGAAUUGACGCUGAAGGGAGUUACUCAGUACUAUGCCUAUGUAACUGAGCGCCAGAAAGUACACUGCCUCAACACACUGUUCUCAAGGCUCCAGAUUAACCAGUCAAUCAUUUUCUGCAACUCCUCCCAACGGGUUGAACUGCUAGCCAAGAAAAUCUCCCAGCUGGGAUAUUCGUGCUUCUACAUUCAUGCAAAGAUGAGACAGGAGCACCGCAAUCGAGUGUUCCAUGACUUCCGGAAUGGUUUAUGCCGUAAUCUUGUUUGCACUGAUCUGUUUACCCGAGGUAUUGAUAUCCAAGCUGUGAAUGUUGUGAUAAACUUUGAUUUUCCAAAGCUGGCAGAGACAUAUCUCCACCGUAUUGGCAGAUCAGGUCGGUUUGGCCACCUGGGCCUGGCCAUCAACUUGAUCACCUACGAUGAUCGCUUCAACCUGAAAAGUAUUGAAGAGCAGCUGGGCACAGAAAUCAAGCCCAUCCCCAGCAACAUUGACAAGAGCCUGUACGUGGCAGAAUACCACAGUGAACCCGUAGAGGAUGAAAAACCUUAACUGCUGCGCUUUGCUUAAACACACGAGCUAAAGCCCUUCGAUCUGGAUAUGUGAUACGUCGUUUCUUUGGGGAUACCCUUCUCUCUAUGGGUUUUUCAUCUUUUAUUCCCCCCCCUUUUUUUUUGGAACUACAAAGAUUAAAGAGCUCCGCCUCCCCUCCCCCUCCCCCCUUUUUUUAAAAUUAUAAAUCUGGCUGUGAGGAAGAAAGCAGAAGAUAGGAAGGAAAUACCUUUCCCCCCCACUUGUUUGCACUGUGUGCUGACUGAACAUUAGUUGCACUAACUGCUGGUUUUAAUUUUUCUUUGUGGAGGAGAAGAAAAACUCUGACAAGAGAAGACUCCCAAACACAAGCUUGACUGCGACUUCCAACUCAUCCACAGCCGCCUGACUGAGUGCAUUUCAACGUCUCCCUGGCUCCUCAUCCGUCUUUAAGCUAAAGAGCUUGUUACUUAUUUGUGCAAAGUGCCUUAUGCUACAAGACCAUUCAGAAUAUCACCUUUCAGAUACAGCCCCAGGAGUCGUUUUGGUUCAGGUCAACGUCUCUCUCCCCCCUCCCCCUCCCCCUCCCCCUCCCCCCCACAAGUUGGGCUGGGAGGUGACACUUGUCAGUAAUACUUUUGUUUAACCUUUUUAAACAAAAUGGAGGAGUUGAGAUGCAGUUGCAGUUCACCCCCUUUGUAAAUAUGUGUAUUUAAACGAAACAAGCCGGACCAUCUGGGCUGAUGGAGUGCAACCUCACGCUCCAGAAGGAAAGAGCCCCUUGCCAUCCACAAAGCCCCUUGGGCUCUCGCAGAACACUACAGACUGGUUUCCGUGAGUCUCUGUUGGUGGUCACAGCACUUGCUAGGCAGACUGUCUCAGAGCUGUGGCAAUCUUUCCUCUCUGCAGUGUGUUCCACAGAAAAUUGGAUGUGUAUACUUGUAUAAACUUUGUAAAUAUGUGUUUUUCUGUUAUGGGUUCAUAUAACCUUUUUCUUUUUGUUUUCUUUGAUGAAGUUUGCUGGGGUUAAAGGGAUUACAGAUCGAUCUUGACAGCAGCUACAGGUGAGAGGGGCUCAGUUUUCUGCAACACUGCACUGUGCCAAGCGCUCCAGCCUCUGGCCAGGCCAGGCUCACUUGCAGCGCUUGGAGGAGAGCUGGGUGUGGGACAGAUGUGCGUAGCGAGUCCUUUGCAGAUGCUCUUCCAUUGCCCCCCUCCACCGUUCCAGGAAGGCAGCGUGCAUUACAGGAGCAAAGGCCUGGUUUGCCACCUUGGAGCAAGGCACGACAGAACAGACAUGCGUGGAUCUGGGGCUUUCAUUGAUAAAAAGAAAAAAAGCCACUGGCCAUUUCUGGAGUUCUGUGGGGUUGGCUUGCAACUUUCCCCGGAAUCUGCCUGCCUCGGUUCUCGAGAGCAGGCAAGGACGAGCUCCCCCUGCCCAGCCCUUUGCCAUGUUCUUCCUUUGCCGCUGCAGAAGCCCUGCUGGCCUUGUGUGGGACUGGCAGGUGCUGUGGGGCCAAGCAGUGUUGCUUUAAAUUGGGCCCCUCCCAACAUGCUUGAUGUUUGGCCUGAUCUUCAGGCAAAAGGAGUGAGACCACUCAGCCUGUAAACUUCUUAAGAAUUCCCUUCCAGCCUGACCAGCAACAGGCUGCCAGGAGGCACUGGGACAAACGCAGCCCUCUCUGCUCAGACCCUGUAUAGUCAGAAACUGCACCUGCAAUGCCAUCCUGCUUUCUUGCCCCGAGAAGCGGAGUCUUCUGGCUUCUCCCUGCAUUGGAAUUGGAAAACACACUCUUGCCCUGCCCAGCCCGCAAGAGACUUGUGUUUGAACUAGGUGCCUCCUGGCAACACCGUUGAAAGUGGAAAUGUGUUUUGUCGAAGUAACUCCAUAAUAACAUAGCAAAAGCUGCACUCAAGUACAGCUCAGCUGCUGGGACUGGCCUGUGGCUGCACCAGAUGAGCAAGUAUUCAGUCUCUUAGGGGGAGGCUUUGUGGGUGGGACGUUCUGAUCAAUAGCAAAACCUUGCUGUUCUGCUGCAGCCAGUCUCUUCCCAGCAGGUGAGAGAAGGGGGUCCUUUUAGUGCAAAGGUGACCAGCAUGCAAAUGUCUUGAGUCUUUUGAAAGCGUGCACGCCUGCUGUGCCGCCCUGUGCCAUGAGUUGAGGUGGCCACUCUGCCCUGUGCCAUGCUCAGGUGGUCACUCUUGAAGCACAGCAUUUUUAAAUGGAAAGUAUUACUUUAAAUGUAUCCUCCUGGCAGAGGAGUGGCAUUUGUCUAGAUUUUUGAGCACCACUCUUGGGUGGCUUUUGUUGGGUCAGGAAGCCACCCACUGCUGGUUUCUCUCUCUCUCUCUCUCUCUCUCUCUCUCUCUAGGUGUAAGAGAGGGACUUGUAAGCGGAAAGAUGCUCCACUGUAGGACUAGGUAGACCCUGGUCACAUUUUCCCCCUCCAUCUGAAAAGAAACGCAAACCCUGAGCAUCUGGGAGUCUUCUUCCUAAAGGUCGCUGGUGACCAGCAUCCCCAUGGAUUGCAGCAGUCAAGAACAUCCUGUUGUCUGUUGCUUUGCAGGUCCAAAGAAAAGGAGCACACAGGUGCCCAUUGGCUGGCUUCGCCCCUUAGUGUGUGCGGAGAUUGACCAAUCGAUUGGAUUAAUUCCUUGGCACUGGGGCUGUGGUAUCUCCAUGUGCUCUUCCCAGAAUGCACUCUGUUCACCAGAAGUUACCCGGGUGGGGUGGGGGGUGGGGUGGACUUAGACUUAUUUUAAUUUCUCCAGAAUGAGAUGGGAGCAUCUUUCCUUGCCCCUCUGUGUUUGUGUCUGCAUGGAACUGUGUGAGAUCGGGAAGCAAGACACAAAAGCAGAUGUGUUCGCAUCAAACAUCUCAUUCUCCUCUUUCUUUUAGGGGUGGGUUGACCUGCACAGGAAUUGCUUGAGCCCUGCCAGCUAGGGGAGGUGCUGUGUGUCUUGUCUUGUCGGCCAGACCCCUUGCCUCGGUGCAGCUGCCACCAGCAGUAAGCUGGCCCAUACUGCUGGUGCCGUGUGCCGCUGGCUCGGGUGAAAAGGAUGCUGCUCGUGGGGGCACAGCCACAAUUUCUGACCUGGCAGAGUCUGGGAGGCUUAAACCAAAGUGAGGGCCCAUCAGGCUUGCUGUGACCCAUGGUGGGGGUGGCGGGAGCGGGGAGGGAGAAGCCAGCCUCCCUUCUGGCAGCAUUGCCAAGUCCUGUGCAGGUGAUGGGGUGGGGGGGAAUACAAAGAUACAGCCUUGCUGUAUUUUAACCCGGAUUUGUGGGGAGGUGGUAUCUGGAAGAAAAAAUUAGUUGCAAUUCCCUUUAUUGAAACAAACUAGAAAUGUCAAGGGAAGGGGGGCAUUUUUUUUUUAUUAUUCAGUUCAAUGAAAGUACAAUGUUGCUUGGUCCUCAGUCCAGGCCAUGUUCACUGUGAACAAUGAGGACGAGAAUUUGGAAUUGGGGUGGGUGGGGGAGGGGAAGCUAACCUUUUUUUGGGUUGGGGGAACUGAUAAUUGGCAAAUGUCCAGUAGAGCUCAGUUUUUGGUUCAGUGUAUUAUCUGUACAAAAGUAUAUAAUGGAGGGCUGACCAUAUUGAUGUCAGACAGAAGAAGUGAAGAAUGGUAAAAUCCUGACUUAUUUUUUAAGGGGGGGAAAUUAGCUCAAUAAAAGCUCACUGGGACUUGA